UAGUAAUUUAUCUCUAGCUUUCAAAAUAUAAAUAAGAGUUACAGGAAAAAUAACGACAGUGUCCUUACGUGGUACAUAAUUUGAUGGUGUACUGUAGUAAUUCUAAGAGAUGGAAUGAACUUCAAGAGCUAGGGACAAGCCCUGAUCAGAAGUGAACCUGCUUAUACUCCACAGGGUUUUGAGCUUGUUUGGUUUUUCAGUUGGUAGAAGCAGAAGGAAAUGAAUUUUGGCUUCAAAUGUAACAUACAAUACUAUGUAUGACUUGAAAUUCACAGCAGGGUUAGUUUAGGCAACAUAAUUUUAUUAAGAAGGUAAAUAAUAUUGCAGGUACUGACAUACCAGCUGGCAGCGAUAUGGCUGCUAGUACACUGGUUCAGCUAACUUAAUUAAAAGGUUUAAUUUAAAUAUCUGUUUGGAAAACAUAUUACAUUAGCAUAUCUAAAAGGCAUGAGGGGAUUGAAGGAAUUAGAUUUGCCAAGUUGAAAGAGAAGAUGGAAAAAGUCAGCCUAACGGACAGGGGAUAUCUUGGAAAGUGAUGACAGGAAUAGUGAAGGACUUUUUAAUGUCAAUUUGAAAGAAAAAAAAAAAAGAUUGUAGGACAUUACAUUGAUUGGAGAAGAAUAGUGGCAUGAAGCGUGUGUGUCAGUACAAAUAGCUGAAGACACUUGGUUUCCACAACUUGAAGAGUUUCAGAAGAAGAAAGACUGGAGACUUCCCAGGGGAUGUAGCCUAUCUACACCUGUUCUUUCUGCUCCUUCAGUUUUCCACAUUUGAGAGCUCUUUGGCAGGCAGGCUGUCUCUCUGAUGAAGGUAAUGGGGCAGGGGAGGUCCAUGGUUGUUGACAUUCUUGAUUGUGAAUGGCAGUACGUCAGGACGGUGUGAUGCUGUCCUAAGCUGCCACCAGCACACUCAGGUUAUUAGUAGAUUAAAUCUGUUGCCCAUCUCUCAGCGUGGACAGUGCUGGUCACAUGGAUGUGUGUUCUCAGUCCUGGGUAGUGCGGGCAUUCUAGGCUUCAGAUGAGGGUCUCCUUUAGUAUCUGCCUGCCUCAUCCUGCACAGCUGAUCCUCAGCCCCUUCAGCUGCAAUGUGGAGAACAACAAAAUGCUCCUGGGUCUCGUACACCAGGCACAAGUGCUUGUAGCAUGUUGCUCAAGACAAGCUCUUGGUCUGAACCUGCACAGUGUCCUUCUGCAAAACAAGGGAAAGCGUACAGUAGGUGGGCAGAAGGUUCAAGCACCAGAUUAACUUGCAGGAAGUUCAGUGCAUUGCUUUUUACAUGCUUCUGAGUGACUUCUGUUCAAAUAAAAUCACUGGUUGGGAGAGUGUGUACACACACAUCUGUGUGACUAAAGAACAAAAGAACCCACUGCAACCAGUCUUGUGGAUAGGACAGAUUGACUUCUGUGUGUUAGAUCUAUGAAUGACCUCAGUCACCAACCAGGAAACGCAGACUAUCAGCACGUACUUUGUAUACAGAGGUUACUGAAUGUUGUGUAUUAGAUGCUGGAUGCUUGCUGUUUGCCCAUAAAUCAAAUCCACCUGUGCUGUUGCUUUACAGAUUUCCAGACAGUCUGGGUAAAAGAAGCUGAGUUCCUGUUCCAGUUGGUGACUGAAGAGGUGAGCUCCUGGCAGAGAUGGACCUGGGGAGGAGCCGUGAAGGAGUGCGAUAAGGACCAGUUCCAGUGCCGGAACGAACGGUGCAUCCCCGCCGUCUGGACGUGCGACGAGGACAACGACUGCUCGGAUAACAGCGACGAGGCGGAUUGCCCAAAGAAAACUUGUGCCGAGUCGGAUUUCGCUUGUGAUAAUGGCCACUGCAUCCCAGAUAGGUGGAAAUGUGACGGCGAAGAAGAAUGUUCUGAUGGGUCAGAUGAAUCGGAAGCAGCAUGCACCAAACAAGUAUGCCCAGCUGAAAAAAUUAGCUGUGGAGACUUAAGCAACAAAUGCAUCCCGUCGUCCUGGAGAUGUGAUGGGCAGAAGGACUGUGAAAGCGGUAUUGACGAGGCUGGUUGCGCUCCUGCCUGUUCUCCCAACGAGUUCCAGUGCAGUAACAAGACGUGCAUCUCCAUCAACUUCGUGUGUGAUGGUUACAACAACUGUGGUGAUGGCAGUGACGAAAGGAAAUGCUCCCCUCUGACCUGCAGCCCCAACGAGUUCCAGUGCAACAACAGUGUGUGCAUCCCAGAGCUGUGGGUCUGCGACAACCAGGCAGACUGCGAGGACCAUUCGGACGAGUCCAUAGAGAGGUGUGGCUACGAUGCCAAGGCCUUCAACACAUGCGCUGCUCACGAGUUCCAGUGUGGCAAUGGCGAAUGCAUCCUCCUCAACUGGAAGUGCGAUGGGGACGAAGACUGCAAGGACAAGUCUGAUGAGCAGGAUUGCCCUCUGGUGACCUGCCGACCGGAUGAAUUCCAGUGCGGGGAUGGGACCUGCAUCCAUGGAGCAAAGCAGUGCGACAAAGUGCACGACUGUCCUGACAACAGUGACGAGGCAGGCUGUGUCCAAGAGUCAGCAUGUGAAAGUCCCAGCAAGUUUCAGUGUAAAAGUGGAGAGUGCAUUGACGGAGGCAAAGUGUGCGAUUCACAUAGAGACUGCAGGGACUGGUCUGACGAGCCUCUGAAAGAAUGUGGUAUUAACGAAUGCUCUAUGAACAAUGGUGGUUGCUCACACAUUUGCAAAGACUUGAAGAUAGGCUACGAAUGUGAAUGCCCGCCCGGAUACAAGCUUCUGGAUAAAAAAACGUGUGGAGACAUAGAUGAAUGUGAGAAUCCAGACGCUUGUAGCCAGAUCUGCAUUAAUUACAAGGGGGACUACAAAUGUGAGUGCUACGAGGGAUACGAGAUGGACACCCUGUCCAAGAACUGCAAAGCUGUAGGAAAGAGCCCUUACCUGAUCUUCACCAACCGCCACGAGGUCCGUAAGAUAGACCUGGUGAAAAGGGACUACUCUCGCAUCAUUCCCAUGCUGAAAAAUGUCGUGGCGCUGGAUGUGGAGGUGGCAACAAACAGAAUAUAUUGGUGCGAUUUGUUCUACCGAAAAAUCUACAGCGCCUACAUAGACAAAGCGAGUGACACAGCGGAGCAGGUGAUUCUGAUAGACAGCCAGCUGAACUCUCCUGAAGGGCUGGCGAUAGACUGGGUUCAUAAGAAUAUCUACUGGACGGAUUCUGGAAACAAGACCAUCUCGGUGGCCACUGCAGAUGGGAGCAGGAGGAGGACACUUUUUAACAGCGACCUCAGUGAGCCGAGAGCCAUUGCUGUUGAUCCCACGCGGAGGUUCAUGUACUGGUCUGACUGGGGAGACAAAGCGAAGAUUGAGAAAGCAGGCCUCAAUGGCGUGGGGCGGCAAGUGCUGGUGUCGGACAACAUUGAGUGGCCGAAUGGCAUCACGCUUGAUUUGCUGAAUCAGCGUCUUUACUGGGUGGACUCCAAAUUGCAUUCGCUCUCCUGCAUUGAUUUCAACGGCAGCAACAGAAAAGUUCUGAUCUCUUCCGUUGAUGAUCUGAGCCAUCCUUUCGGCUUAGCAGUGUUUGAGGACAGAGUGUUCUGGACUGACCUGGAGAAUGAAGCAAUCUUCAGUGCCAACAGGCUGAGUGGUUUGGACAUCUCUGUCUUAGCAGAAAAUCUCAAUAAUCCUCACGACAUCGUUGUGUUUCAUGAAUUAAAGCAGCCCAAAGCUCCAGACUCCUGUGAGCUCAGCCCCCAGCCAAACGGAGGCUGCGAGUAUUUGUGUCUCCCUGCACCUCACAUCUCUCCCCAUUCCCCCAAGUACACGUGUGCCUGUCCUGACAACAUGUGGCUGGGGCCUGACAUGAAAAAAUGCUACAAAGAUCUUCCAACUACUCCAGCUACUGUCGUGGUUCCUAGAACCACAGCAUCUCGUCCUGCCUCUGCCUCCACCGCGACUGUCACUGGCAAUGCCACCGCCGCCGCCAUUCCCAAAGCUGUAGCGGAAGCCACGACUGCCAGCCCUGGUUCUCGUUCAACCGCAUCCAUCCUCGUAGAUUCUGAGAUGACCACCGGAAGCAGCAACUUGUCACAGCACUAUUCAAAUAAUGGCCAAGGCUUUGAUUCAACGGUGACAGCAGCUGUUAUUGGAAUUGUCAUUCCUGUUGUGGUUAUUGGCUUGCUGUGCAUGGGAGGAUACCUCAUCUGGAGAAACUGGAAACGAAAGAACACUAAAAGCAUGAAUUUUGAUAAUCCAGUAUAUAGGAAGACUACAGAAGAGGAAGAUGAAGAUGAAAUCCAUAUUGGUCGGACUGCCCAAAUUGGACAUGUCUAUCCAGCACGUGUGGCGCUGAGCUUAGAAGACGACGGGCUGCCGUAAGGAUCAAGUUGCUGCUCCAGCCAGGACGCAUCGAACAAGUUUUCUUUGGAUCUCAAAACCUGCUUCUUUGUUUUAAUCAUUAUUUAUGUUGCAGAAGGGUAACCACAGAGUUAUAAUGAACUGCAAACAUCCAAAGGAUGUGAGAGUUUUGUAUGUAUAAUCUUUUAUACACAUUUUAACUUGUUGCACUACCCAUUUGUGAUAGUCAAUGAGCAACUGCUGAGCUACUAACUCAAUGUACAUAACCAGCCAGGCUGACAGUUCAGUAGCUACUGCUUUAUUUUAAGACUAUAUUUAUAGAUAUUUUGUAAAUAUACUGAAUAUGCUUUGUGGCUAUCCAUCAACAUAAGUAAAAUAAGUUCUGUACAGGCCGUUUAGAAAUAUUUAUUAACAAAAUCUGGACUAUAAGAUCUGAUCUGUAAAUAUAGUAGAGGGGUGAGAGUAUUUAUUUUUUGUAUGUCUGGCUUGCUGUGCAUAGAUUAUUUGUGUAUAUAUCUAUCUAGUCUAGAUAGAUAUAUAGGCAUAUAAAUAUAUACAUAUAUAUAAAUAUAUACAUAUAUUUUAAAACUACUGGGCUAUGUUUAUGAAAAUUAGGGACAAUUGAAUUUUUACCAGAUGUUUGAAGUUUGCUUUCCAAUCUAAAGACAAAUUAAGAAACAGCUGUACUGUAAGAUAGGCGAUCAGUGACAGCCAUAACAAACAGGGCUUGCAAGGGUUGCUUUCACCUUCUCCAGUUUAGCCAGCUUCACCUGCACUGCUUUUAGCUGAAGAGCUGUUGCUAACAGCAUCUCAGACAGGAGGAGCUCCUACACUGACCGCAUCUUUCAUUUUGUACCGUUGCUUUUUACAGGUUGGUACCAAUCUGAUUUAGCAUAUUUUUUCAUUUUCUUCUAAAUAUAAAUGUUUUUCCCCACUAGGUAUCUUGCACUUCUCACAUUCGUUUAGAGCCAAACACAAUGAAGAUCAGAAUAGUUGACAUAAUCCUGCCUAUGUCUGCAGUAGUAAGGAGUCUGGGUACUCUUAUAUAUCUUUCUGCCAUCAAAGGAAUAAAUAGAUACCUAUUUUUAAACAGGCUCCUCCUGCUGAAGAGCAUUGCAUUUGUGCUAGCCUAGGAUUCCAGGGUACUGCUUUAGGAAGGAGAAAUCAAGAACAACCCCUCUCUUGCUAUACUAGCUUCCCUUUCCUACACAGCUAUUUCCCCCUGACCUCCCCCUCAGUUCCAGUAGCUCAUUUAAGGUCUGUGCACUGAAAUGGAAAACACCAGUAAGUCUCUGCACUCAGGCUUACAAGGUUUCCUAUCAAACCACAGCAGGUGCUGAUCCUCCACCUCGAAGGGCACAUUCAGGCACCCAGGCAAAGAGCAAGGCCUUAUCCCAGCUGGUGUUUUUCACCUGUUCCAUCCAGCAGAGAGACCUGUCCAGUUCCGCCCCCCUCCUUCUCUCAUUCACUGUGGCACAGCUUGUUGGUGUGAGCACAGGGUACCAAUGCAGUUCAGCUGAGUCGUUCAGGAGACCCACUGCUUUUUUCUAAUCUCAUGCUAUGAGACUCCCAGGAAGUCAUGUACUUACCUACCACCACACAUUGGACUGAAGCGUGAAGGAAGCUGAGGAACUCCUCCUAGCCUUCUUGCAUCACAGCUUUUGUAUACAAGUGAGUAGAAGAAACUAAUCCUUGUUGUAUCCUUUUCUCAUUUUCUUCCUCCCCAGCCCCCACCACACACAUUCCUUUUAGGAAAAGAAAACAAAAUCAGAGGAUAACAUGAGUUGGACUUCGAUUCUUGACUAAGAAGGGAACAAGGUGUCUAAAGACCUAGUGUAGCACUAUGCUCAAACUACUCACUUCUCAGCCUUUGCAGACAACAUCUAAAUAAUCAAGCACCCUUCUGUUCAAAUUCUAGAUUUUAAGGCAGUAAAGAAGUGAUUGAAGUACUGUUCUAAGGUAUGAAGCUCUGUGUCUGCAAAUUCAUGCACUGUGUGCAUGAAGAAAACUGAGACAAGGCUGUAUGUAUGUGAUAACACUGUAACUAACAGACAUGUAAAUAUAUUUGGAAGUUCUACAGUUUUGAUACUUUUCUAAGAGCACAUACACACAAACCUGUAUAAACCAUGUAAAAAAGGCUGCAGUUUUUUUGUAAAUGAACUCUAUGUGCAGUGUUGAUUUCAACUAAACACCAAUUUUUUUUUUUUUAAGAAAUUAAUUAUUUAAAAUAAUGGUUCCGGUUGUUAGGAUGAUAUUUAACAUUGUAAUCACUUCUGAUCUGUCUUGUCAUAUUGAAGUUCUGUUAAAGUAAGUUCUUGCUUGGUGCCUUUUGUGCUUCAGUUUUUGGUAUGGACAAAAGGACCAGGGAGGGGUGGGGAGGGAUCUGCUGUGUAACAUGUGCUGUACUUACAUGAAUAAGGAUUACUGAAAACCAAAUGAAUACAUUUGUAAAACAGUGCACUGUUUCUAUAGAAAGAUUAAAUUUUUUUUAUCUGA